AUGGACAGCAGCAGCAGCAGCAGCAGCAGCAGAAAUCGCAGCAGGGGCAGCGCGCAGGGGUGCAGCAGUGCAUACACUCUUGCGCAGCAGGGGCAGCAGCAGCAGCAGCAAAUGCAGCAGCAACAGCAGCAGCAUCCCCACUACCACCACUACCAGCAGCGGCAACAGCAGCACCAUGGCCACUACUCCCACAACCCGCAGCAGCAGCAGCAGCAGCGGGAGCAGCAGCAGCAGCAGCAGCAGCGGGAGCAGCAGCAGCAGCAGCACCAGCGGGAGCAGCAGCAGCAGCAGCAGGACCUGGGGCUUUUGCCGGUGAAGACGACGGGUUUAUUUGUUUGUUUGGGCAGCAUUGCAGGUCUUCUGAAAAGUCGAACUCCUUUUGGAAGAAAAACUUCAAAAACUUUUAUUCCUGAUCCCCUAAUGCUGAUCCAACCCAGUCCGGAAAUGCUGAGAUCGUCUUGA